GAUUACUCAUCAUAUUGGAUUUGUUUCAAUUAGGCUGUUUUGGCUCAUGAGCUGGGUCACCUCAAGUGCGAUCAUGGUGUUUGGCUCACUUUUGCCAAUAUACUCACAAUGGGAGCAUACACUGUCCCUGGUUUCGGCAUGGUUACUGGCUUUCUGGAAGAGCAGCUAUAUAGAUGGCUACGAGCUGCAGAGCUGACUUGUGACAGGGCAGCUCUUCUUGUGGUGCAAGACCCGAAGGUAGUCAUCUCUGUUCUGAUGAAAUUGGCUGGAGGAUGCCCAUCUCUUGCCGACAAGCUAAAUGUGGAUGCCUUCCUGGAGCAAGCUCGUUCGUACGACAAGGCUGCAUCGAACCCAGUUGGGUGGUACAUCCGGAACGCACAAACCAGAGAGCUUUCACACCCUUUGCCUGUGAUGCGAGCCAGAGAGAUUGAUGAGUAGUCAAGAAGCCAGGAGUACAAGACCCUAAUGCAAAAAAUGUUUCAGAUGGGGCUGAACAAAGUAUAGUUAGUGGCGACACAUACGAAGAGGUAUGUACAUGGAAUCCAUCAUGUUUCUUUGCAAGGAUUUAGCUUUAGAUCAUGACUGUCCUUUCCUGUAUAUCUGAUCAUGAGUUUGUGAUUUUCUCCUGGGUGGCUGGGCACCGUUUUUUUUUUCAGGACUGUAGAGUUUGUAGCUUGUGUAUGGAAGGGAAUGUCUGUAUAUGGAGAAGGCUGGUGCUUCU